GGCAAGGGCACAGCCCUGCGGAACAACUCCGACGCCGAUGUGGUGCUCUUCCUCAGCUGUUUCUCCAGCUACCAGGAGCAGAAGCAGGAGAGAACGUAUAUCCUGGAUUUGAUCAAGAAGAGGCUGCACGCUUGCAAGCAGAGCCUGAAGUUCACCGUGAACAUCAGCGAGCCCCGGUACAAGGGUCCCGGCAACACACCGCGCUCCCUCAGCCUCACUCUCUCUCACCCUGCAGGGCAGGUGAUCUGGGACGCCCCACCAGACCCGGGGGUGUACGUGGGGCUCCUGAAUGCCAGCAGUGAACCCGGGGAGUUCUCUCCCUGCUUCACUGAGCUGCAGAAGAAGUUUGUGAAGCGUUACCCUGCCAAGCUGAAGAAUCUCCUGCGCUUGGUCAAGCACUGGUACAAGGAGAUGCUGAAGCCACGAUACCCCACUGCAGACCUGCCCCCCAAAUACGCCCUGGAGCUGUUGACCAUCUAUGCCUGGGAGGAGGGCACGGGCUCCAGCAACUCCUUUGACAUGGCCAGGGGCUUCCGUACAGUGCUGGAGCUGCUGUACCGGCACCGGGAGAUCUGCAUCUUCUGGGAGACAUACUACUCACUCCAGCACAGCCAGAUUGGUGCUCACGUCAAGAGGCUGCUGCACAGGCCCCGCCCUGUCAUCCUGGACCCCGCCGACCCCACAGGGAUCCUGGGCCAAGGCAAGAAUUGGGACCUGGUGGCACAGGAAGCUGUCCACAACCUUUCACUGCCCUGUGUCAGUUCCGUCCAGCCCUGGGAUGUGCAGCCGUCCCGGCCCGUGACAGUUGAGAUCAGGCAGCUGGUGGGCACCAGCCUGAGCAGGACCGUCAGCCCGAGCACCACCGUCCAGCAGCUGAAGGAGGAGAUCGAGCAGGUGUGGGGCAUCCCUCGGUACAAGCAGCGCCUGGCACAGCAGGAGCCCAGCAGGAACAGCCUCAUCCUACAGGACGGUGACACCCUGGCCACCCACGGCAUCUUCUACAGCACCAUGUUUGUACUGCUGCAGACCGAACCACAGCCGAUGGAGGUCUUUGUGAAGGAUGACAAGAACCGGACCACCACCUACACGGUGCAGCCCACUGACACCGUCCGGGAGCUGAAGGAGCAGAUCCACAAACGAGGGGGCCCUUUGGCCGACCAGCAGCGCCUGACAUAUGGCUCCAGGGAGCUGGAGGACCGGCACACACUGGCACACUAUGAUGUCCAGCCCAAGAGCACCAUCUUCAUGCUCCUGCGGCUCCGGGGGGGCACAGGCCCCCAGCACUCCUCCUUCCCUGCCUGCUCGUUCUCCUGA